UCUUUCUUUCAAGUUCACACUCCUGGCCUUGAUGAGAGGAGAGGUGGGGUGGGGAUGAAGUUACAUAACGUGGUCGGAAGGCAGGUUCGGGAUAAAAGUCACAGCUCAAGGCUGCAGUUGGGAGGAAGGCAGCCAGACCAAGUCAUGGAGCUCAGCGUCCUUCUCCUCCUUGCUCUCCUCACGGGACUCUUGCUUCUGCUGGCCAGGUGCCACCCAAAGGCCUAUGGCUGCCUGCAGCCAGGCCCCCAUCCUCUGCCUUUCUUGGGGAACCUUCUUCAGAUGGACAGAAGUGGCUUACUCAAAUCCUCCCUCAGGUUCCGAGAGAAAUAUGGGGAUGUCUUCACGGUGUACCUGGGGCCAAGGCCUGUGGUCAUGCUAUGUGGGAUAAAGGCCAUACGGGAGGCCCUGGUGGACCAGGCUGAGACCUUCUCCGGCCAGGGGAAAAUUGCUAUACUAGAGGCAGUCUUCCAGGGAUAUGUUGUGGUCUUUGCCAAUGGGGAAUGCCGGAAGACCCUUCGCCGAUUCUCUCUGGCCACCAUGAGGGACUUCGGGAUGGGGAAGUGGAGUAUGGAGGAGCGGAUUCAGGAGGAGGCUCAGUGUCUGGUGGAGGAGCUACGGAAAACCCAGGGAGCCCUCCAGGACCCCACAUUAUUCUUCCACUCCAUGACCACUAACAUCAUCUGUUCCAUUGUCUUUGGAAAACGCUUUGGCUACAGAGACCCUGAAUUCCUGUGGCUGUUGGACCUGUUCUACCAGUCCUUCACGCUCAUCAGCUCCUUCUCCAGCCAGGUGUUUGAGCUUUUCCACAACUUCUUGAAGUACUUCCCUGGUACACACAGGCAAGUCUACAAAAACCUGCAGGAAAUCACCCACUUCAUUGACCGCGUUGUGGAGAAGCACCGUGAAACCCUGGACCCCAGCUCCCCCCAGGACUUCAUUGACGCCUACCUGAUCCGCAUGGACAAAGAGAAGGCCGACCCCCGCAGCGAGUUCCACCAGCGGAACCUCAUCUACACGGUGCUGUCGCUCAUCUUUGCCGGCACGGAGACCACCAGCAUCACGCUCCGCUAUGGAUUCCUGCUCCUGCUCAAAUACCCCCACAUCACAGCAUGGCUCGCCAUGAAGCUGGGCACAUGA